AUGGAGGACUUUCGUUGCCCCUAUGGCUUCACCGUGAAGCCUGCCGCUGCUCCAUAUGUUAUCAUUGCGCUAUGCUGUAUUGCAAAUUUUAUAAAUGCGGCUGAUCGCGUGCUGAUGCCAAUAACCAUUAUUUCAAUGGCGGACGAAUUUGAUUGGGAUCUACACUUCCAAGGCUGGAUAUUGAGCAGCUUUUCAGUCGGUUACCUCAGUAGUCUAGUUGCUGGUGGUAGUGCAGCCAAAAAUUUUGGUGGAAGAAGAGUUCUUACGCUGGCCGUAUUGCUGUGGUCAUUAUCUUCUUUCUUGACGCCGUUUUUCGCUUCCUCCUGGCCACUCAUGAUACUUUUCCGUUUCCUUCUUGGUGUUGGUGAAGGAAUAGGACUGCCUACCAUAUUCCACAUCUUUUCCCAUACUGUCCCUGUGGAGGAACGUGGCCGAGCUUUCAGUUAUUUAAUUGCUCUGGGCUCUGUGGGUCAGUUUGUUGCUGGGAUAAUUUCGCCUCACCUGCCUUGGCCUCUUCCCUUUCUUCUCUUCGGUGGAUCCGGUCUGCUCUGGGUCAUCACGUGGGUCCUGUUUACCAAGUCCUUCGGUGAUUUUGAGCAUCCAGGCUCUUCUGAUUACCCUGUUUCGACACCACCAUUGAACGGUUCGAUGCGAUGGCGCGACUUUUUUAGUCAUCGGUCCCUGUGGGCCAUUUACGCGGCGCAUUUCAGCAUGAAUUGGUCCAACUACAUCAUUAUGCAAUGGCUUCCCACCUAUCUCGUCCGUUCCCUCGGCGGCGGUCGUUUUGAAGUUACUCUUACCGCCCUUCCCUAUAUUACCAACUCCAUUUGUGGAAUUGCCGCCGGCCACUGGGCAGACAACCUCGUGCGUCAACGGUGGAGUGUGUUGUGGGUACGCCGUCUUAUGACCUCAGUGGGCCUCAUUGGCCCCGGCUGCCUCCUUUUCAUCUUUUCUGCCUCAACAAGCAUACCCUUAGCCGUUUUCCUGAUUUCCAUAUCGAUGGGCCUUUCGGCUUCUAAUUCGGCCGGUCAUCUGGCUGCCCACGCAGAGGUCGCUCCCAAUCACGCUGGCAUUACCUUCGCCAUCAGCAACACUCUCGCGACUAUCCCCGGAAUCCUGUGUGGUCCACUGACAGCAUACCUGGUUACGGAAUACAGUGGUCACUGGCUCUCUGUCUUCAUCAUUGCUGGUUUUGUGAACAUCUUCGGUGCUGCGGUCUACCUCUGUUACAGCACUGCCUCUCCUUCCAGAGCACUGCUCACCUAUCGAUUGCACUGGCACAAGAAAGAAGCAACUGGAACCGCGUUCGUGUGUGUGGUUGCUGUACCUUCUCACUGGCCGACGCAAGUUCUUAUGCACCUUGAGGACUGA